CACCUUUAAUGUGGCAGAACAUCAAUAAAGGAAUAUAAAGAGUAUAUCAGAUGUCCUUGUUUUUUUUUAAGUCAUAAUUUAAAAGAUUCACAUUUUCAUGGUGUCACAGCAUGAAUCAACAGGUUUUGUUCAGUAUUAAAACAAAUUAUUACACACAUAUUGAAGGUUACAUGCGAUCCUGCCAGUGAUAUUCAUCCAAUAAUGUAAAGAACAUUUAAUGAAAAUAUAACCUUGAAAGCUAUAUAAUAUUGCGUAAAAUGGUUGCGUUGACUCUAUCACAUGUUUGAAAACAACAGGUCAACUCAACCAUUUUACAUAAAUUUGUGUGUCUUUUGAAUAAACUCGAAUGCCCUUUCACAAUGACAGAGAAUAUUUAGACUGAAAUGGUAAAAACUUUCACAUGCUAAAGUUCGACAAAGCGUUUAAUAAUACAUUUUUACAGUAUACUUAUUUAAAAUGUCAUUAACGUUUUUGAUAUGUUAUGAUAGACAUAAAUAGCAAGCUAAAACCAGUGUGCGUAUGAAACAUAUCCUGACCGAAACCACUGCUGGUUUCAAAGAACUAUUCAAAUGACUGUGUUGCUUAAAAAUCACUUAUAUAAUGUUCCAUAUAUGGACCGCAUAUGAUGUACAGCAUGCAAAUUUGGGUUUAAAACACGUAUACUAGUUGUCCAAACACAGCCCAGACGUCUAGGCUAACACAAAACAUGAUUUGGGCUGUCAUUGAAAAUAGACAAAUUAUUAAUAAAAUUAUUGUCAAUAACAAAAAAACACCUUUUAAUCACAGUACAUGAUGGAAUAUCAUAAAUCUCACAAGUAAUUUUAGCAAAAACUACAUCUAACCUAAUGGCUUGCUGGGUACAAAAGUAUCAAUACAGGGAAUUGAUAAGAUCUUUUCAGAGCUACCACGACUGCAGAUCCAUCAAAAGAAAAAGUUCCCUGGCAGUACACGAAAAAUGACCUAAAUACAUCUAUUUGAAUUGGAAAUAGUUUGUUAAUGUGCAGCAUGUUUAUUUCUGUAUGCGUCUCUUCACAAAAAUAUCACCAUUUAAGACCAAACAGAGCUUAAAGCACAUGCAAUAAUGCUAUUGUUAUUUUUAGAUAAGACAUUAUCACACUUGCAACUAAAGAAUUGUAAAGAAAAAGCUUUAAAAAACAAAAUGUCAAGAGUUUGAUGAAUUCUCAGUGUAUUCAAAUAAUGACAUCAUACGCCUUUGAGGACCACAGAUGUUGGGCUGGACCAGUAGCACAGGCAAAAGUCACUCCUCCAGCACUUAUAAGACAGGUCACAGUAUAGAGGAACAUAGCAUCUUCUCGACAGAACCUCUGGUAUCAGAGAGAUGGAGAGAGUUCAUUCGCUUAAGAUGUUGGCAGUUUUGGCUCUGGUUCUGCUGGUGUCCAGUGUGAAUGGACGCUUUUUGACUAAAUGUGAGCUGAAGGCUCAGCUGGAUGCUGCUCAAAUUCAUGUGCCAGACAAUAUGACCUUGAAAAAUCUCAUCGCCAGUCUUGUCUGCAGGGCAAAUGGCUCAGCCUUCAACACCAAAUUUGUCAAGUUCAUGACCGACAACUAUGAUGGUCAAAUUCCCCUUCAAGGUUCACCUCCACCUAGGCUUCAAGAUUCCCCUCAAAGUCCACCUCCAUCUGGGCCUCAAGAUACCCAUCAAGGUCAGCCUCCAUCUGGGCCUCAAGAUACCCAUCAAGUUCCACCUCCAUCUGGGCCUCAAGAUACCCAUCAAGGUCAACCUCCAUCUGGGCCUCAAGAUACCCAUCAAGGUCCACCUUCAUCCGGGCCUCAAGAUACCCAUCAAGUUCCACCUCCAUCUGGGCCUCAGGAUACCCAUCAAGUUCCACCUCCAUCUGGGCCUCAGGAUACCCAUCAAGGUCCACCUUCAUCCGGGCCUCAAGAUACCCAUCAAGGUCCACCUCCAUCUGGGCCUCAAGGUCAACCUCCAUCUGGGCCUCAAGCUACCCAUCAAGGUCCACCUCCAUCUGGGCCUCAAGGUCAACCUCCAUCUGGGCCUCAAGCUACCCAUCAAGGUCAACCUCCAUCUAGGCCUCAAGGUCUACCUCCAUCUGGGCCUAAAGGUUUCCCUCAAGUUCCACCUCCACCUGGGCCUAAACAAUCAUCUCUCAAACCACCUCAAGAAGUUAAAUCUCUGCCUCAGGGACCUAAAAGCCCACGAAAACAUAAGAGAUUCGCCCAUCAGGAAAGAGACAUACUGCAUCCUGCUGUCUGGCACCAGUUUGGACUGUUUCUGCUGAGUGACACUGCGGCCUGUGAUUCUGGCGUUUUGCCAUCUCUCAACAUCUGCAAAAUGAACUGCAGCGCUUUGAUUGAUGAUGACAUCAUGGAUGAUAUUAGUUGCCUGAAUACCCUGAUGCAACAAGUGAAACCCGUGGGGCAAGUCAAACAUCCUGCGCCAAUAAACAUGGAUUACUUGCUGGGGAAGGAGUGUGAACAUGUUGAUGCAUCUCAUUACUUUUCUGACUGUGUUUAAAAUAUUCAAUGUCCCCCAUUUGAUCCUAGACUUACAACCCCUUAAUUUUAGUUUUCUGAUCAGGGUUAAUAGCGCCGAUUUGUACCAGUGUAAAAACUACAGAGUCAAUCUCUGCAUGCUGGUCUGUUUGUCAGCUUCAUGGUUACUGACACUUUAAAAGCUCAACAGUCAAAUUAUUUUAAUGACUUUUAUUGAAUAGUAAUCAGGUCAUUAUAAUGGUGGUGGGAGAUGUGUGCAUUUAAACAUCUAAAUAGACUCUAAUGGACCAAAUAGUGGGCCUAUUUGCAUAAGGGUCUUGACUAUAUUACUGUAAUACUGUAAAAGUUUAGUGAGAUGAGGUGUUAUACUUCUGUCUAUACUAAUAUAAUAAAUAAUACAUAUGCAAGGAAA